ACAAACCAUAAUUCAAAAAGAUAAAUGCACCCUUAUGUUAACAGCAGCACUAUUUAAAAUAGUCAAGACAUGGAAACAAUCUAAAUGUCCAUCAACACAUGAAUGGAUUAGGAAGAUGUGAUGUAUACCAUGAAUUAUUACUCAGCUGUGAAAAAUAACGACGUAAUAUGCCAUUUGCAGCAACAUAGAUGGACAUAGAGAUCAUCAUAUUAACCAGAGGCGAUGGCCACCCAGGAUGCCACCCCAGUAGCCAGUGGGAGGGAAGCAAUGCUUUGGACCUGCCAUCCGCUUGUGACAUAAGGGAUUACGUGUUGCAGAGACCCAGCCAGGAGGCCAGCAGCGAGGCUUUCAGUUCUGAGGAAGCCCUUUCAUUUCCUUGCUCUUCUGAUGUGGAUCCAGACACCAGUAACCUAAAUACUGAACAGAGUGAUUCCUGGACCUCUGAGAACUUCUGGCUUAACCAUCCUGUGAAGGGCUGGCCAGAGACCCAGACAGAGGAUGAUGGACUUCGGGAAUCUCUGGAUAGAUUCUAUGAAGUGUUUGGCCAUUCUCAGCCAGCCUCUGGAAAUCCACUCUCCACAUCUGUCUGCCAGUGCCUGUCUCAGAAAAUCAGCGAACUGAAGAGCCAGGGGAACCAAGAGUACACCCUCCGUAGUUUUCAACUGGCCCGGGUCAUCUUCAACCGGGACGGCUGCUCCGUCCUACAGAGGCAUUCCAGGGACGCUCACUUCUGCCCACCAGGAGAAGGAGAAGAAAGUGCAUCUCUGGAGGAUGGAAAACUGACCCCAGGACUUUCAAAAGAUAUCAUUCACUUUCUCUUGCAGCAGAACGUGAUGAAAGACCUAUAACUGGUGCCUGGUGGUGAGAGCAGGCACUUGGAGGGGAGCCCAGAGGCGGAUACUGUUGGUGCUCCACCCAGAAGUUCUCAGGCCAAGUAAAUGCUUUGCAAGAGAAGGCUGGCAUCUGCGAUCUGGUCCAGGAGCAAGUUCAGCCCAAAUGGAGAACCAGCAGUGUCUGGGAUUCUGUUGCCUCCAUGGCCACCCUACCUCCCACCCACCCUAUGACCUAAGGCCAGUGACCGACUAGUUUGGGAGUCCAAAAGCCUGGCUGCCUUGCCUCCAGGACAGGCAAGCUCUGAGGCAUAAUUCAAGUUCAAAAUCUCCCCUCCUGAUGAGACCAGGGCUGGGGCUUCACAUGAAACCUCACUCUUGCCUGGCUCCUUCCCUUUCCUUGUCUUCCUUCUCCUACUUGCGUCUUCUGGGAGCCUUUCCUUAAUAAAUCUAUUGAUGCAGAGUCUA